AUUAUAGAGAUAGGAAACUUUUGAGUCAUGUACUUUUCAAUUUCCAACUAAAAAUCAUUACUCGCUUCUUUUGUAUCAUUACUACGAAAUAUGUCGCAAGGAAAAAUUGUAUUAAUGGCUUGCGGCAGCUUCAGUCCGCCGACUUACAUGCAUUUACGAAUGUUCGAAAUAGCAAAGGAUUAUAUUCACUCAUUGGGUCUGGGUACGAUAAUUGGUGGAAUCAUCUCACCGGUUCACGACGCAUACGGUAAAAAGGAUCUAGUCGCUGCACAUCACAGAAUCUCAAUGCUGAAGCUGGCAUUGCGUUCAUCGGGAUGGAUUAAGGUUUCCGAGUGGGAGACCCAACAGGCUGGUUGGACGAGGACCAAGGUUUCCUUACAAUAUCAUCAGGAUGCCAUAAACAACAACUUAACCGGCAACAAUGACAACCCGCCAUCUUGGUUGCCGGAUGACAUGUUGAAUGUGAACAACAUCGAGCCGCGGGAUUUCAAUAAUAAAUUGAACGAACGAUUGAAUGGCAACGCGGAGGAUAGGGUGACGGUGAAGCUGUUGUGCGGAGCGGAUCUGUUGGAAUCAUUCGCCACUCCCGGUCUUUGGUCGGAUGAAGAUAUGGAAGCCAUAGUUGGUCGCCACGGCUUGGUGGUGGUGAGUCGCGCGGGCUGCGAUCCGGGGAGAUUCAUCUACGAAUCGGACAUGCUGUAUAAAUAUAGGAGGAAUGUUACUCUAGUGACGAAUUACAUAGCCAACGAGGUGUCCUCGACCGUCCUGAGGAGGUUGAUGCGGCGCGGGGAGAGCGCCAAGUAUCUGACUGAAGAUAGCGUGCUGGCUUACAUCAGGCAGAACUGUCUGUAUGGAGCCGAGCCGUUUGUCACUGAGUAUAACAUACUUAAUGACCUAAUAGACAAUUACGAUAAGUCACCCCAAGACAUAGUAAUGGCGUCGCCGGAGGAGGCCAGCUUCAAGAACAUACUGAUAUCGAUCAGAGAUAAACCGUCUAUAGUCGACGAGACGAUAACCGUGAAACGAAAGAUAACCAACUUCCUUACACCGCACACCGACACGGUCAGCCCGGCGCAAGGCCCGAGACCAAAGAUGGCCUACAUAGAGAAGGCACCCAGCACGUACAUACCCGGGAAGGCCGUCAAGAUCAUAAGCGACAAGAAACAGCACAGACUAGAGGACGAGGUAAGUUGUGAUAAGUACAGCUCGCUCGACAGCUACCUGGCCAAGGAGGAAAGCGACAUCUACCAGCGGAGAGUCAGCGAGAGCAACAUAACCAAAGAGAAGAAGAGGUGCUCGGCGUCGACUAUCAGAAAACUGAAGUCCGAUGACAUGAAGAAGAGCAAGUCGGAGGUAAGUAAGCUGUGUGAUAAGAUGAAAAGCAUUAAAAUAAAGGAAACAAAGAACUAUAAGACGAGGAGUUGCAAUGACAUCGUCAAGUUAAUACUCACCAAACAUGGCAUUCAUGUCAUAAGCGACACAGAGGCCAUUGUGUGAGAUGUGAGCCGGCAAGCAUUGUGCCAAACAUUAAGAUACUUAUAUAUAUAUAUAUACAUAUAUAUAAACUAUGUAUUCAUUUUGUGAAGAAUAUUAAUUCAUAUUUAUGUCCACAAACUUUUUUCAUUUGGAUUUUUUACAUAUUAAAAAUAUUUUUUAGCUAUGUUAUAUCUGGUUAUUAUGAUAUAGAACUAAAUUUAAAAUUGUACACAAAAUAUAAAAUGACUUGUCACUUGAGAUUUAAAUAUUUUUAAAAUUAUGUAUGUCACUUUUAUAUGACUUUGUAUUUUAUUUUUUAAAUAUCUGGUUAUUAUUUUCGAAAUUAUAUCUAUGAUUUUACUAAUGUAACAAUAAUUUUCAAAAUUAAUACACAAUUUACAGCUAUUAAGACCGGAAUGUUUGAAAUUAUGUAAUAAAACACUUUUGAUUUUUGAAAACUGUAAAAUGUUAAUUAUUGUAAAAUAAUUUGUUAUCUGUCGUGCACAAAAUGUUCUUCCAAAACUUCGGUAGUGUACUUACUAAGCACAAAAAAAUUGGAUCAUCCAAUGUCUUUGUAAAAUUUCUGUGAUACCUGUGAAAUGCCAACUAUUGUCAAUAUCGCACAAUAUACAGUCAAAGGAGAAGACUCAGACAAAAUUAAUAUAUUCUCGUAUUUUUAAACUUCUAACAGUUCCUAUCUAUAUUCUUCCAUCUGUCAAAACUAAAAAUCGCGGGAAUCUGAAUGACAGAUGCCAAAUUUUUUUUUUAAAUAUUUAUUACUUUAUGUACUUAAAUUAUUCCUGUUGAGUAGUUGUUAGUGUUUUAUUUUCAUAUUAUUAUUAUAUUGAUGUUUCAAGUAAAGCUUCUAUGGAAAAUAAAAAUAUUUUUGAAAUCUGUAUUUUAUUAACAAUCUCCUUCAUCCAUUCCAUCGAGGCUUUACUUUCUCUUCAUUACGUAGUAUUGCUAACGAACACAUUUCUGUAUUUACAUUUUAAAAUGGAUUGCGUAGUUGUUACAAAAACGCGAUAUCUGUUCCGACUCUUCUCUUGAUUGUGAACUUAUAUUAAUAUAUUUAAAUAAUACAUAUAAUUUAAUGUCCAGUCAAUAUAUACCAUUGAAACUAACUUUGUUCAACAACUAAAACUUUAUUCACAACAACAAAUUCAAUUUUUACAGUUAAAACUCAUAAUUCUGCGUACUUUUUUUUUGUUUUAAUAACUUGUAUUUUUAUUCCUCGUAAUUAUUUUUAAUUUAAUUAAAUCUUUUUCCAUUGACAAUAAUAUAUGCCGUUAAAUAAAAGGUCGUAGCCUUUCGUAAUACUACUAGUAAAAAAAAAACUAUUGUUUUAAAGAAAUUGUUGUAAUACUUGGAUCUUUUUUAUUGGCUGAUGUAAUUAAUUGUUUUUGCUUACUACCAAAUAUAAAUUAAUUAUAGCGGUAGAUGUUUCAAAAUUCAUUAUUUUGCUAUUUAUUGAAUAUGUGUUUUCGUAAGUAAAGUAAUUCUAGUGUAUUAAAUUUAACUUAUAAAUUAUGUGAUUUUACCCCACUGCCCUUUCUAACCCUUUUUUUAAACUACAAAUCUUAACUAGGAAUAUCAAUAUGAAUAAAAAAUAGUGUUUUUUUUUUUGUUAUGUUUGUUUUCUUGUUAUAAUAAAAACUAUUUCAGUUUCACAAUAAUAGUGAUAUUCCUUGUUAAAUGUAUUUCGAUAUGAAUAUUUUGUAGACAAAUUGAUAAUUAUUAUUUAUUAGGUUUUUUUUUAAUAUGUAGGCAUGUCAUGUUUAAUAGUUUAAACAUUGAAUUAAAUCCUCUUCUAAAUCUAGAUGGUUAUCGAAAAGUUUACAUAACUUUUGAUAUACAAAAUAUUUGAAUGAAGUUUACUUUAUGGUAGACGGUUACUUUAUGGUACUAGAGCAUGGAUGUCAUAUAUUUGGCAUAACAGGCCUUAGUAGUGUAGUUUAUAAUAUGUUGUUUCUUUUAGGGAGGCUGUCCGUUGUAGCUGACGUGUUGCGCGCGAGACGACGACCGCGCGCAAGUAGAAUAAUAGUGCUUUAGUCUUCUGGAAUAAACGUUCACACACAAAGUUGAAUAAAACUAACUUUAGCUGCCAUAAAAAAAAAUAUCUUUUGUCUAUGGCAGAUAAAUGACAUUUAUUUUUGGAGGAUUUGAAUUAUUCUAGAAUACUAAAGCAUUAAUUAGUUCCAAACCCUUCCUGAAUGUGAUAACCAAGUGAUAGAUGUUGUGACGCUUCCAGAAAACACUUCGGAUUCAGCUAUAAGCUGAAAUAUUUGAAUUUCAGUAAAUAUCAGUGGAACAUAAUAUAAUGGUUACUUAAUUCUGCAUGAAUUGUAUCGGUUGUGUGAAACAACGUAAUUGUGAUAGCGGCAUGCAUUUAGUUAGUUAUCUUCAUUCCGUAUUCCUUUUACCUUUAUAGUGAAACCUAAACUUGUAUUUGUGGUUGUAAUUAGUUAGCUACUAGUAAUCAAACACCUUUAUUAUAUAAUUAACAGCUUUUAUAGCAGAACUUGAUGAUCAAUUAUACGAAACACUAUAAGCGGUUCGCCAGCUUGUUUUCUUUUACUGUAUAUUACAUUUAAACUGAGUACAGUUUGUUAAGAUGUAUUCAGUAAUAAAUUUAUAUGCAAAAUGAUAAUCGUAAGUCAUAAUUUUGUAAUAUAAGUAUAAUGUUUUAUUGUUAUGUCUCUGUUGUGAUUUGCAAUGUUUAUAUUUUUAAAAUGUAUUCAUAACACAAAUCUUUCUGUCAACGCAUUUAUAAAGAAAUUAGUAUGCUUAAUGAUAUAAUACUAAUAUAUUUUUAUAUGUAGUUCCAAUUUUAUGAUGUACUUACCAACUAGAUAGUUAAUUUUAUUAUGUAAUAGGCACAAUAAAUAUGCUGAAUGCACCAUAAAUAGCGAGCGUCAAGGUGUACUGUGAUUAGAGUAAUAUUUUUUGAAAUAGAACUAGUAAUUUAUACACAUUUAACCAUUAGGGCGGUUUAAAUUAUAACUUCUGUAAGUGAAAACCUUUACAGAUAAAUUUCUUCACAAAUAAAUUUUUUUGAAUUAUUAUAGUUUUUUUUAAAUCUUUAUUAAGUGUAGAUAACAAAUUCCUAUUCCUAUAAACUGCACUUAUAUAUUCACUAAGUUAAUUGAAAAUACAAUAUUGUCACUAAGAAGCUGAAAUACAAUAAAUGUAUGGCGUACUUUGAAACAGAAAGCUGCCAUAGAUAAAUAAAUUAAACAUAUGAUAAUCUAAAUAAUGUAUACUAAGAAGUAUCUAUGUAUUUGUCUUUCAUAUUACAUUUA